CAUUACUAGGAAGCACUAGUACAAGUACUCAGCCCAACGGGAGAGACCGGUAGAGAUGGCUUGCAGCUUAUCUGCUUCUUGCGCAGUCUCACGGGCACCUACUCGAUCACUCAUCUCCUCCGAUUCACACUCAACUCACUCUGUCAAGCCUACUUCACUCUCAUGGGGCUCUUCAUUUCCCUCAAUUAACAUCUUCGCCAACGGCCUUGUCACACACCUUCCCAAGCCACGACUCAAUAAGGAUGCUUUUAUUCAAGCUGCUUGGACCAGGAGAUCUAGAAGUGAAGCUGCAAAGAGACCGAGUAGGAAAUCAUGGAAACAAAGGACAGAUAUGUACAUGAGGCCUUUCUUACUUAAUGUUUUCUUUUCAAAGAGAUUUAUUCAUGCAAAAGUGAUGCAUCGUGGAACGAGCAAAGUGAUAUCAGUAGCUACCACGAAUGCCAAGGAUCUUAGAACCAAUUUGCCAUCUCUGACGGAUCACAAUGCAUGUAGACUUAUAGGGAAGCUUAUCGCUGAACGCUCAAUUGAAGCUGAUGUAUAUGCAUUGUCUUAUGAGGCAAGGAAGGAUGAGCGCAUCGAGGGUAAGCUUGGGAUUGUUAUUGAUACAAUAAAGGAGAAUGGGAUCAUAUUUGUUUGAUUAUUUUCCCAAUUACUGUAGCUUGUAUCAUUGUAUGAAUUUGGAAAACAGCAACGUUGAUGAGAAGAUCAGUCCUUGUGGAUUCUCUUUGUACUGAUAAUUGCAUGACUAUUAUCUGGCAAUGCUAUGUUUUGGAUUUUAGCCGUUCAAA